GUGGGAGGAGCUGUUUCAAUUCUUUCCAAAAAAGCAACAGCAGCAGCAGAAAGUGAUUCAUAAAGGCAGCUACAAUUUGAGUGAACAUCCAAAGCCUGAAGCUUCUGCUGGAAUGGGUUCUUCAAAAUGUGGGCUUUAUCUAAGCCUCUUCAUAAUCUUCCAUUGGUGCACAGAUGCUGCAUGAUUAGGUGGGCAUGGAAUGGAACAUUCUUACAGAGGGUAUGGCCAGCUGAAGUCCUGUAGGAUUUUACCACAUGCAUUGAAGCAACGACUAUCAUGGCUGAGCAUGGUACAGCCUUUCCUAAUGGUACAAUCAGCUGGAGUACAACACCUUCCACCAGCUGCCCUUGGCCAGAAGACUGGCAAUGGUUGUUACGUAUCCUGCCUGCCUUUCUCUGGUUUCUUACUGUAGUGGGAACACUGGGGAAUUUAUUUGUUCUCAGUGUCUGGUGCUUCCAUAAGAGCCGCUCCACUGUGGCUGAAAUUUACCUGGCAAAUUUAGCAGCAGCUGACCUUCUGUUGCUCUGUGGGUUGCCUUUCUGGGCUAUCAACACAGCCAACAACUUCUAUUGGCCAUUUGGGCUCAUCCUUUGCAAAAUCAUCAACUCAUUCCUUGUUAUCAACUUAUAUUCAAGCAUUUAUUUUGUGGUCAUGGUGAGCAUUGAUCGCUACUUGGUCUUGGUGAAAACAAUGUCUCUGGGACGCAUGCGCCAGCCAAGGUAUGCCAAAUGGAACUGCUUUAUGAUUUGGGUUUCUGCCCUUUUACUUAGCUUUCCUGCUCUGGCAUUCAGGUCAUUAAAGGAUGUGGAAGGAUAUGAGGGUAUGGCCUGUGUUUUGGAGUAUCCUUCUGUUUUUCAGUGGACAAUUACCACGGCCAUUUUGCUAAACACAGUGGGCUUUCUGAUACCAGUCUGUAUCAUUACCUACUGUUCUGUUCAAAUCAUUCAAGCUUUACAAAACCGUGACUUUCAAAAGAUCAAAACCAUUCAGACUGAGAAAAAAGCCACCAUACUGGUUUUUGCAGUCCUCCUCCUGUUUAUCAUCUGUUGGCUUCCAUUCCAGACCACCACAUUCAUAGAUGUGUUAUUUCAAAUAGGUAUCAUUUCUGGUUGUGCUGUAGAUCAAGGCCUUGUUGUGGCUAGCCAGAUUGCUGCUGGUUGCGGUUUCAUCAACAGUUGUCUUAAUCCAAUAGUCUAUGUCAUUGUAGGCAAACAUUUCCGAAGGAAAUGCAAGGAAGUCUACUUUGGCAGAGUUCUUCGAAGACCUAGUUCAGCACCAUCAAUGACAACCAUGGAAAUUUUCCGUAUUUCCUUUUCAUCAGAUAAUCAAAGGAAAAAAUCUGCUGCCAGUUUAUCCACAAAGCAUAAUUUGCUUACUUCAUGAAAAAAAAAGAUAAGAGAUUAAGUAAAAUUAUGGUUUUACCUGGAACCUCAUUUUCAGUGAUAAAGACUAAUUUAUUGCUGAUUAAAGUUUGUGGAAGAUGACAUUGGUUUGCGUAGGACGCCAGCUCCAGUUAAUGAAUGGGGUUUAGUUAGUAUGUUUGUACAUAUUUGCUUGUAUAUAUGUGCAUGUGUAUAUCAAAUAUCUGCAUCAGAUACCAGAUUCUGAAGAUCCUUUUCAAAAAAACCAAAAAUCUUUCUGCAAAUAAAAGUCAUGUAUGUCUUCUAUAGUAUUUUAAUAGGGAAUUCAAAGAUGCUCAAAUACUUGGGAAAUCUUCUGAUGCACCCCUUUGCUCUGGAAUCCUUGCUCUUCUGCCAUAGAAAGAAGAGCCAUUGUAUAGGCUCUAUUUGGCUUGAACACGAGAGUUAGCCCAAAUCCUAUCCAGAUUUCCCAGUGAAUAUACAAAAAGGAGAAGAUGACAGCUUCUGUUGUGACUUCCAUGCAAAAAGCUCUAAGUUACAAUACAUUUUGUGUCAGCUCCAAGCAUUUACUUUCCUGCCAGAUCAGUUGUGCAACUGUUUACCAAUAAGGCAGAGGUGAAAUUCAAAAUGUUUCCCUAGUGGUUCUCUAGGCAUGGCUUGGUGGGCGUGGCAGGGGAAGGUUACUGCAAAAUCUCCAUUCUCACCCCACUCCAGGGGAAGGAUACUGCAAAAUCUCCAUUCCCACCCUACUGUGGGGCCAGCCAGAGGUGGUAUUUGGUGGUUCUCUGAACUACUCAAAAUUUCUGCUACUGGUUCUCCAAAAUCUGUUAGAACCUGCUGAAUUUUGACAGUUUGUUGCAAAAAAUCAAAUUUAGAAAGCACACAUAGGGAGACUGAUGCAGCAGUAUUCAUUAACUUUAUAUAUGAAGAUAAACGUACAAUACCAAUAUAGAUUCUUCUUACAAGAAAAACCCAAGGCAGGAGAGAACAGUUAGUUUCAUUUCAGCAGAGCAGCAGACAAGUUCACAAUGGUUUCAGUUUCAAUUCUCUGCACAGACUCAGAAGCCGUAGACUAAGAUACGCCCUGGCUCCAGUCUGCCUCAGCUCCCAAUUGGCUGACUUAGUUGCUAUGCCUGUUCAUUGGCUGACCUUGUUACCAUCUGACAAAUUUCACCCCUGCCAUUAGGCCCUUUUAACAAAGUCUGGUACUGAGGAAGCAGAAAAGAAAGAAACUGAAUAUUUUUUGACUUGCGACUUAUUUUUUUCAAUGGUUAGCUGACAAAAACAGGAGUUAGAAACAGGGAACUAUAUAGAAGGAUCAGUGAUAUAAGGAAGGUAUGUUAAAUUGGUUAAACAAAUAUGAUUAUUAUUAAUAAUAUUAGAAUUUAUAUUAAUGCAAUGGAUAUUGUUGUAAACACUUUAUUAUUUUCUAAAAUGAUUUGUACCCAGACAACACACUGUUCAAUGGAAUUUGGAAUUUUUGUAUGUUAUAAAAUAAAAGCUUAAUAUAUUUUUUUUAAAAAAAUGGUAGCAGCCCUGCCAUGAUGAAUACUUCAGACCCACAUGUACAUGUUCAGUUCUUAUUCACCAUGAUUGGGAGCUAAAGCUAUAUACCCUGUUUCCCCCAAAAUAAGACAUCUCCUGAUAAUAAAGCCAAUCGGGCUUUUGAGUGCAUGGCAAUAAGGCCAAGCGCUUAUUUCAGGGUUCAAAAAAAUAUAAGGCAGGGUCUUUUUUGGGGGGAAACACGAUACGUAGCCCUUAACGUAUGACCACCAUUGAGCCCCAAAUUUAUGUUGCUAAAUGAGACAUUUGUUAAGUGAGUUUUGCCCCAUUUUCUUGCCACAUUUGUUAAGUGAAUCACUGCAGUUGUUAAGUUAGUAACACAGUUGUUAAAGUGAAUCUGGCUUCCCCAUUGACUUUGGUUGUCAGAAAGGUCGCAAAAGGUGAUCUCAUGACCCCAAGACAAUGCAACGGUCAUAAAUAUGAACCAGGUGUCAAUCAUCUGAAUGCAAAUCACAUGACCAUAGAGAUGCUGCAAUGGUUAUAAGUGUGGAAAAAUGGUCCUAAGUCACUUUUUUCAGUGCCGUUGUAACUUCGAACAGUCACUAAAUGAACUGUUGUAAAUCGAGGACUACCUAUAAUAGCCACCUAGAGUUGCUUCAGUAAUUCAGUUGUCUAAUAAACUGAUAAACCUCCACCUGCUCUGCCUAUACAAGUCAAUAGGUCUGGCAGCUAAUGGGUAUAGCAGGGGCGAGAUAGUUAUGAGGCAUAGGGAAGGGUCUGGAAGUACUGGCCCUGUUGUUCCAUGACAUCAGCCAGCAGAAAUCAACAGUACUCUUCUUUUUAGUGUGGCUAGUCCUGAAUGUAGUAAAAGUGUGAAGUGCCAGAUUGCCCCUUUUUUCCUCAGUGAACCACUAGCAUCUAGAGCAGGGGUCUCCAACCUUGGCAACUUUAAGACUUGUGGACUUCAAUUCCCAGAAUUCCCAGAACUCUGGGAGUUGAAGUCCACAAGUCUUAAAGUUGCCAAGGUUGGAGACCCGUGAUCUAGAGAACAGUAAAAGCAGUGAUUCUUUUUACCUGAAUGCUAUUGCAUUGGCAAUAUACAUAUAAUCAAUUGCUCCACCUUACAGUAAGGUGAGUGGAAGGUAGAGCGAGAUAGCUAUGUUUUGUCAGGGACCAACUAAGGCUUUCAGCAGCAAAACCUGAAUCAUGUUCAUAUUUUACCUGCUGUCUUAAUUCAGUUGUAAAUCUGUAUUUCUUUGAAUGGACUUGUUUGCCACUGAAAUGAUGAAUUAUGAAUAUUUGUGUUGUUUCUAUUGCUUUACUUGAUUUGUAUACAUAUAUGUUUGUAAAUAUAAAUGCACAUGAACACAUGUAAUUUUUUAAAUGGUCUUUUGCUUUGAAAACAGUUUGCUUGUAGAAAAUGCUUUCUCCUGUGGAACUACCAUGCUGUAUCUUGCUCACUUAGGAAUCAAUCCGUUCUCUAAAUUCCAAAAUUGUUAUUUUGUAAUAAUAUUAUUAUGUAAUAAAGGUCUUGAGCUGUGCUUAGCACAUGUUAAA